UCGUGUUGGAGGCGGACCGCAGCUGCCGAGGAGGUCCGUCCGGGCAGCCGCCAGGCCAUGGGGGGACACCUGCCGAGGAGCGGCGCCGCGCGCGGCAGCAAGUGCGCGCCGCCCUGCGGGCCAGAAGCGGCGUGCAGACAUUUCCCCAACAGCACGUCGCUCUGCGUGUGCGUGCACGACGCCUCGCCGGCCGUACAGGGUCGCAAGUGUCCGCGUGUCGCAAUUCCCGUGUCGCUGCGGUCAAUUCCAGUGAUAGUGCCGACCAAUGGGACAAACGGAUCGCUGUGGCGCACAUCUCUCCAACAGGCGCCGGGCCAGUUGCCACCCAAGCCCACGGCGCCGUCGUGGGCGGCUGGCACGCUGCAGACGGCGGCCGCCGUGUCCCUGCUGCUGGUGGCGCUGCUACUCAGCACAGCCGUCACCUGCAUCUGGCGGCGCCUGCUGGCGGUGCGGUCCGCCACUGGGCCUAGCGCUGCCCCUCAACAUUUCACGUUGUCAGACGGCGAGGACGGGCUGAGCGGUACAGAGGAGUGCCUGCUGGAGGUGGAGCGCGACACGGCGCACGACGCCAGCCGGCGGCCACGCCCACCAGCCCCCGCUCCCUCGUGACGACAUCCGCUUCCUGCACCAGUCGGGCGCCGGCUGCUGUACACAGAAUUCCAUGUCAGCGAACAACUGUGUUUGACAUGAACGAGCCAUCUUCUAAUAGCAUGAGUGGAUCCUGCUCUAUGUUCUUUGAUGACACAUCAGAGUUUGAUGGGUGAUGGCAGUUGCAGUUUUGGAGUCUGGUGCUAUGUGACCACCUAAACUUUUUACUGUCCACAAGGACCAUAAGGAUAACUUUUACUUUCCUGCAGCAACCUUUAUAUGUCAAAGUAGUAAUCAGUGAGGCUAGUGACAACCAUUGCCUGCAAUUGUUUUAUUCACUUCCAAUUCAAAUGCUCCUGUGUUAUGCCAGUUCUGUAAAAUUUGAAACAUUCUGUGUAUGAAGGCCUUGGGCUUUAAUGCGGUGGAUGUGUAAUGUGUGUCUCCCAUUCUCUGCCUACAGUCAGAGAUGCUCUGGCACCUCACAUGGAACAUAGAUGCUAUACAAGUAACAGAAAUAGGAACUACAUACAGACAAUGUAACAAUUUGUACAUAACAGCAGUUUCUGGCAGAUGGGAUACUGACACCAUAACAUUCAACUAAAAAGAAACAGUGAACCUGAUGCAGACUUUUAGUGAAAGCUUACGUUAGUAUGGAAAGUAUUACUGAUGCAUAAAACUACAUUAGUCUAAGAAAAAUGUGAAAAUAUUUACAUACACCAAAACUACUUACUCUCGUACAAUAAUAAGAGUGCUGUCCUUAUAUGCUACUGAAAAUGGAAAUGAGAUGGAACAAUGCCCAAAAUUUUUUUCCUUCAUUAUUUCACUUCUUCAAAUCUGCAGAGUGAUUAGCACAGGCAGCAGCAUGCUUCUGUUGUCGAAGAAACGCUGUCUAGCUAAAAUAUCAACUAUUAUCUGGUGAUGACUUACAGUAACAGAAGUUAAUAAUGCAUUGAAAGUAUGGUAGAGGAUUGUCAAAGUAUGUGUUGCAUAUUUGUUCAAUGAUGACCAAUCAAUCUGUGACAGAAUAGUUUUGUAAGUUUAAAAUUACUGUAACUGUUAUUUUAUACACAUAAAUCUAUGUGAAAUAUAUUGUUUGAAAAAGUUAAAUAUCUUUGUUUCCUUUUAAAACAGUUUAAUGGUGGUGAUCUUGUUUUGUUAAAAAACAGAUAAUCAUGAAAAUGAUUUGACAACUGAAAAUUGAUGAAUGCAGUAUUAAUAUCUUAAAUAAAAGAUAAAUCUAGUGAGAGAACAUCAAAAGGGUGGGAGGGGGGUGACAUGGCAGCAGGAGGUUAAAAGUUGAAAGAAUAGAUACAGAGCAAGACAUUUCUCUUGUGAAAUUAAGAGAACAGCAUUUUGUACAUUCUGAAAAGGAGAUGAAAGGGCUUGGCAGCAAAAGGUGGGGAGAGACUGGGUGGGGAGAGGUUGUAGUGACGUAUAAGGAGGCUGAAACUUGUUUUAAGAGCAAGAUAUCAAUUAGUAUCAACUUGUUAUGUAAAAUCAAUCUUUCAAGAAUAAGAGUUAAUGGCAAGCAUAAAUAUAUUAAUAUAUCUACAACUAGGGACUUGAGUUCAAGGUAUUAGGUGGAGAGCAUGUUGCUGAAAAUAUUGAAAAUGACAAUUUCAUGCUACAAAUUAUAUGAGAGUAUUGAAAUUUCUUCUAAAAUGUCCUCUUAAAAUGUAUGCUCCUCCAAAAUUUGUGCUUUACAUAAUUUAAAAUAAAUCCAGUUUAAUAGCAAACCUAUCUCUUCCUCAAUAAUAGCCCAUUUUAAUUAUGUAAAUAAUUUCCUAGUACUGUUGUUCCACGCAACUUAUAGUUGUUUCUACAUUUAGCUGUAUGAUACAUGUUAACAAGGUUAACAGAAAUUCCUUCAUUAAAUGUAAAAUAUGUAAUUUUCAGUAGAAGCAUUAACAAGGACAAACCCAGUGACAUACAGGAGAAGAAACCCACUGACAGAUAGUUGUAUCAGUUCAGUACAAGUUUGAAGAAAUCCAGCACUUUUAACAUGCACUGACUAGUAGCAGCUGUGUCAAGUGCCAUCUGCCUUGAAAUCUCACAAAUAUUUCAUUAGUCACCUCAACACAUACAUGAAUUUACCCACCUCUGUGUCAGAUACUGGGUACCAUUGUGAGUUAAUGUUCUUUUACAGCAAAAAAUUAUACAGUUUCAGUAUAUGUUUUGAAGUUCAUUCCAUCUGGAACACAGACUGACAAACAAAAAUCCUGCUCAUUACAACUUUAAGUAUACAUUUUAUUUUACAAUUAAAAAUUGUGUGGACAGGCCUCUACCAUAUAAGCAUUAAAAUAAGGUAACAU